CUCCAAUCAGAAUCAGAUCGAUCGGCAUCAUCAUCAUCUUCUUCCAUCUGUUCUUGAUAAUCGAAUUGCUGAUUCUGCAACUCGGAUCGCAAAAAAAGAGCUUCAAAUUCUCCGAUUCCCAGGCCCUUCUCUUCCUUCGUCUUCAACUAGCCUUGCAAAUUCCCCCUCACAGUUCUGCAUCGUUAGGUUUCUUUCGGAGGAGGCGUUUGGUUUCUUACCAUUGCUCUCCCCUUCCCUUUCCCCACUCCAGAUCUUCUCCUCUUUCAAUUCCUUACCGUUUCGAUCAUCUUUUAGAGAAUGUAUGGUUUCGAAGCGCUUACCUUCAACAUUCAUGGAGGCUAUUUGGAGGCCAUCGUCCGGGGACAUAGGGCUGGGUUGCUCACCGCCGCUGAUUAUAACAAUUUGUGUCAGUGCGAAACCCUAGAUGAUAUCAAGAUGCAUCUCUCUGCCACUGAGUAUGGCCCUUAUCUCCAAAACGAACCAUCUCCAUUACAUACAACAACCAUUGUGGAGAAAUGCACCCUUAAACUGGUUGAUGAGUAUAAGCACAUGUUGUGCCAAGCCACCGAGCCUCUGUCUACCUUCUUAGAGUAUAUCACAUAUGGUCAUAUGAUAGACAAUGUUGUCCUUAUUGUUACUGGAACCUUGCAUGAGAGGGAUGUUCAGGAACUGUUGGAGAAGUGCCACCCUUUGGGCAUGUUUGACAGCAUUGCUACCUUGGCAGUUGCUCAGAAUAUGCGGGAACUUUAUAGAUUGGUGCUUGUUGACACCCCCUUGGCUCCAUACUUCUCAGAGUGUAUCACAUCUGAGGAUUUGGAUGACAUGAACAUAGAAAUUAUGAGGAACACUCUCUACAAGGCAUACCUAGAGGAUUUCUACAGGUUCUGUCAGAAACUGGGUGGUGCCACUGCUGAGAUCAUGUCUGACCUCCUUGCUUUUGAGGCUGAUAGAAGGGCUGUGAAUAUUACCAUAAAUAGUAUUGGCACUGAGCUUACCCGAGAUGACAGGAGGAAGUUAUAUUCCAAUUUUGGCUUACUGUAUCCCUAUGGGCACGAGGAACUUGCAAUCUGUGAGGAUAUUGAUCAGGUUCGUGGUGCCAUGGAAAAAUACCCUCCCUACCAGUCAAUUUUUUCCAAGCUAUCAUAUGGAGAGAGUCAGAUGCUUGACAAGGCAUUCUAUGAAGAGGAGGUGAAAAGGCUAUGCUUAGCAUUUGAGCAACAGUUCCAUUAUGGUGUUUUCUUUGCAUACAUGAGGUUGAGGGAACAGGAGAUUAGGAACCUAAUGUGGAUUUCGGAGUGCGUUGCUCAGAACCAGAAAUCGAGGGUUCAUGACAGUGUUGUCUUCAUAUUUUAGGCUGAUUAUUAAAAAAGCAAAAGCUGUCUUAAUUAAUCAUAUUUGUUUCCUGUUUUUGCAUAAUUCACUGUAAAAUCUUGUCUCCAUCUUAUCCUAUAUUGUGCUGCAGAGAUGGGGGUUCAUACAUUCUUUCCAUGCAAGACUUUGUCUAAAUAAGUGCGCUCUUUUUGAUGUAUUAAUGUCUUAAAAUUGAGUGAGAAAUCAUUGUACUCAGAAGAAUUAUAUCAGAUACUGUGUGUGAAAGAAGAAAGAUGAAAUUGAGUUUAUAUAAUAAAGUUUUUGUAUACAUCA